AAAGAUAAUUAUUUUUUUCAGAUUAAUAAUGCACGAGAAAGAACUUUAAGUUUUUAAGGAUUUGACUGUGAAUAAAAAGUCUUGAAAGAGUCAAAUUUCUAAGCCCUCAACACCAAUUUUGACCUUAGCCUGCAACCUACCGUGAUACGAGUUUAACCUUUAAUCUGUGAACUUUAAAUAGAUGAUAAAGUCAAUCAAGAACCAAACUUUUUGAAACUUCCAUCCUAGAUAAUCAAGAAACAAAGAAAUAAAGUAAUCAAGAAUAUUACUUAUUCAUAAAACCCGUAUCUGCCUACGCUAUCCGCUGCCUAAGCGUGUGCAGGACAAAGUCAGUAAUUUGAAGAAAAAAAACGAUUUUGCCAAGAACCGGUUCUUAAAAUCUAUAGGAACAGAUCCGCGAAUGAAAACAAAUCUGCAAACAAAAUCAGCUGAUUUUUAACAUUUUGAGCUGAGGUGUGGAUGAUGGGGUGUGCUCCGUCAAAGGAUAAUGUACUGGAUCUCAGCAGUACAGGAGAUCUUCAAACAAAUACAGUAGAAGCUGUAAACAAUCUUAUAACAGAAGAAGUUGAGGACCUUGAAGCAGGACUACCGGGGAUGGUGAGUCCAGAAAUCAAGGAGGAUCCAGACUCAGGGAGGUCGUCUUCUAGUCUCAAUUUGUCAGCAAAAGAACCAUUAGCGUUUGAGGUUUCACAGGAUUUAGAGGAAGAGGGAGGAGGAAACAGUUUAAUAAGACGACAUCCACCUCUUAGAUUUAGGAAAUUAGAAGAAAAUCAGGUUGAGAUAAGCCAGGAGAUGAUAAAUAUAAAACAAGCAGAAGCGGAGAAAAGACGAUCUGCGUUGAUGCAGGAUAGAGUGAAAAGUGCCCGUUCUACGAGUGCAAGAAUGAGAAGUUCUACGAGUAGACAUAAUUUACAGAACAGCGGGGAUUCGGGAAUAGAAACUCAUAUGGAAGCAUUUAAUGAAACUGAGAUUAUGUAACAACCUUAAACCAGGAAACAGAGGACCAAACUUUUGAAUCAGAUGGAGCUAAUCUGCAACGAUUAUAAUCCAGAUAUCCAACAACGAUUAAGUGCAGAAACAGCUGACUCCUAUUUCUGCAAUCUCUACAUGGUCUUUAGCAGAUAUUUUGUGGCUUCUGAUUACUUGAUCUUCAGUGUUAUUCAGAGGAUUUAACUUCAUGUGUCGGACUAUACUAAGUAUACAGAUUAGUGCUUCAUGUGUCGGACUAUACUAAGUAUACAGAUUAGUGCUUCAUGUGUCGGACUAUACUAAGUAUACAGAUUAGUGCUUCAUGUGUCGGACUAUACUAAGUAUACAGAUUAGUGCUUUCUCAAGAGAUUAACAAUACAAAAUUUACGACCUUAGGAUAAAGUUUGGAAGAACUUUAAACUAUGAUUUCUAAAUUUGUUUUGAUUUCUUAUAAAUAUAAACGAAUUAUGCUCGGGAACGAAAUUAAACUUCAGAUCUGGUUUAAAAGUCGCUCGUUAACAGGUUCUCACACUGUUGUGCUCUUAUAUUCCAAUCUUAAAAUAGUUUAUGAGAAAAAUCUGAAGCUGUUGAUUUUAAAUUAAGAUAUUUAUCAUAUGAGCAUCAUCGCAGGGGACAAAAAGCCCAGCCCUCUAAACUGUCAAAGUCGCGUCGCUCGGUCACCCUAGCUGCAGUCCAGCUCGGCAUACAAAUUAUCUUAAGCUGACCUAGUCCUCAAAUAUUUAAGAUUAUAUCAUAAUUUUUGUGUUAAAAAUACAAAAAAAUUACUAGAAGGUAUUCUAAAAACUUUAAAAAUUUGAUUAAUAGAUCUGUCAAUAGUCCUAUUGAGACACCUUAUAAACUAUAAUAUGCAUAACGCAAACUUUUAGAUUUACUUUGAAUUUGAAUUUAAAUUAAAAGGAUGCUGACUAUACUGUGUUAUAAAUACCAAUUUUUAGUAUCUUUUUUACAACCGUCAGUUGGUAAAGAGGGAGGCAUAUCCACUGCUUUUUUUUUAAAUUAGGCUUCCAUUUGAAAUUGGCUUUAAGUACCGCUUGACACUUUUGAAUAAGAUUGAAAAAUAUUUUUUGUGUUUAAUUCCAACAAAGGUUUAUUGAAAAGCAAACCUAAUAAUCUUAAAUUUAACACAGUAAAAUAAAAGUUUGUUUAAAUAAAUAUAAAAUCAUUAUUCUUUUCAGCAAUUGUAGAUGAAGGAAUUGAGUAAUUGUCACAAACACAAAUUUUCCAAUUAUUAUAUCUUUGCAACCUGAUAGCGUAAACUUUUGAUAUUUUAACACAGAUUAA